GGAGAUGUCAAGUAGGGUUACUUAAUAAAUGCUCUACACAUGCGUACCGUACUUUCGUUUUGCGAACACGCUGUUACGACGCGCAACGGUAUAUAGACGGAUCGGAUUCAACCGGCUCGGUGUAACCAGAAAUAUGGGGUCGGACAAAGAAUGGGAUCUCUCGGAUGUGGCAAAAAUCGAAGAGGUGGUGGAUCACCCGGUCGAGCUGUUCAGAAUCUGGCACAACGAGACACGAAAGUACAAUGCUACUGCACCGGACGCCUGUUGCUUGGCUACUACUUCAAAAGACUGCAAAGUAUCCGCGAGGAACGUCAUUCUUCGGGAAUUCGAUGACGAUGGUUUUACAAUAGUAACCGAUAAUCGUAGCAAAAAGAUUGACAAUGUAGAAAACAUCUCGUACGCUGCCAUGUGUUUUCUUUGGUUCUAUGUAAACGACCAAGAUCAGAAAGUUACGAAACAGGUGAGGAUAGAAGGUACGAUGAAGAGAUUGGACAGCGAACAGUAUAAGCAUCUGUACGACAGAGAACCGUUGUUUUGCAAAAUUCGAUCUCACGUUUGCGACCAAGGACGGGUCGUGGAUUGGGAGGAUCUGAAGCGACGACACGACGAAAUAUUAGACUCGGUUCGUAGAGGUGAAAAUGAUUUGCCGAUGCCUGAUCACUUCGUUGGAUACAAACUAUUCCCGACAAUGAUGGAAUUCUACUUUGCGAGGGACUAUCUCAUAGGUGAUCGUAUAUUAUAUCGAAAAGAUACAUCGAACGAUGCUUGGGAGAGACAUCGAAUAUCGGCAUAA